GAUAUGAGUUCAGCGUUAUCGCUGGCAAACAUACGGAGCUCGCUCAUCCGGCAGGAAGACACAAUCAUUUUCAGCUUUAUCGAGCGUGCACAGUUUGCCAGAAACUUGCCAGUCUACACACCGGACGCCAUACCUGUGCCGGGGUUUGACCGCUGCGGGCGGCGUUACUCGCUUCUUGAGUACGUGUUGCGGGAGACCGAGCAGCUGCACGGCAGUGUACGGCGGUACACGUCGCCAGAUGAACAUGCGUUUUUCCCAGAUGAGUUGCCGCCCUUGGUGCUCCCGCCCAUCACCUACCCCUCCGUACUGCAUUCCUGUGCGGACGUGAUCAACAUUAAUGACCGGAUUCUAAGAAUCUACGUGGACGACAUAUUGCCGGGCCUUACAGCGCCGGGGGAUGACUUCAACUACGGCAGCUCGGCCACCUUGGACGUCACGUGCUUGCAGGCGCUGUCCAAACGGAUACACUUCGGCAAAUUUGUAGCAGAAGCAAAAUUUCUCUCCAAACCCGAGGAGUACGGCGCGCUCAUCCGUGCGGGGGAUGCGGACGGCAUUAUGGAGCUCCUGACGGACAGGCGGGUGGAGCGCCGCGUGGUGGAACGUGUACGGCGGAAGGCCGCCACCUUCGGUCUGGACAUCACGGAGAAUGGGGCGCUGCCGCCGGCCGGGGGAUCUAACGGCGGGGGCGGGGACGCGGAAGCGGGGCCCCGCUUGAAGGUUUCACCGGAGCUGGUGGCGCGUGUGUACGAGGACAUUGUGAUGCCGUUGACCAAGGACGUCGAGGUGAUGUACUUGCUGCGCCGUCUAGAC